GUGUUUUCUGACCAGCUGAAAAUGGCGGCUCGAAGCGUCGAAUCGUUCUAACUUUAUCACACAAUAAUAAACACAACAGUAUACUCAGCUGUUAUCGCAUAACAUGGGGAGAGACUUUGCUGAAGGGCUGCGGACCCUUUAGCUGGGAGACAUUACUUUCACCACUAACGGGAGUUGGAACGCAGAGAGAUCAUGGAGGACCCUCAUACACGGUAUAGCAAACGCCUGCGUACAGGGACGCGACGCCGCUACCAAGACGAUGGAAUCUCAGACGAUGAAAUUGAAGGGAAGCGGAUGUUCGACCUGGACGAGAAGCUGCAGUGCAGCAGGUUUAACUCUGAAUUGAUCAAACACAUGGAGGGAAAAGAUUUCACAUUUGAGUACAUCCAGAGGGAAGGGCUCAGGGAGCCCAUUAUCUUUGAGGCAGCCAAUGGCCUUGGCAUACAAAUGCCAGACUCUGAUUUCAGUGUGAGUGAUGUCAAGUUGUUUGUCGGAAGUCGACGAAUUGUUGACGUGAUGGAUGUGAACACCCAGAAAGGAAUCGAGAUGUCGAUGGCUCAGUGGAGACGCUACUAUGAGACGCCGCCAUCAGAGAGAGAAAAACUCUACAACGUCAUCAGUCUGGAGUUCAGCCACACCAAGCUGGAGAAUCUGGUCAAACGGCCGGCUUCGGUGGACCUCAUUGACUGGGUGGACAACAUGUGGCCUCGCCAUCUCAAGGAGAGACAGAGAGACUCCACUAACGCCAUCAUAGACAUGCAUUAUCCCAAAGUGCAGAAGUACUGUCUCAUGAGUGUGCAGGGCUGCUUCACAGAUUUCCACAUCGACUUUGGAGGCACUUCCGUCUGGUACCACAUCCUGCGAGGCGGAAAGGUGUUCUGGCUGAUUCCACCCACACCCCAGAACCUGGAGAUGUACGAGAACUGGGUGUUAUCAGGAAAACAGGGAGACAUCUUCUUGGGGGACAAGUGCUUUGACUGUCAGAGGAUAGAACUCAAGCAAGGAAACACCUUCAUAAUCCCAUCAGGGUGGAUCCAUGCUGUGUACACCCCAGAGGACACGUUGGUGUUUGGGGGGAAUUUCCUCCACAGCUUUAACAUCCCCAUGCAGCUCAACAUCUACAGCAUCGAGGAUCGCACACGGGUGCCAGCAAAGUUCCGCUACCCUUUUUACUAUGAGAUGUGCUGGUACGUCCUGGAGAGAUACCUCUACUGUCAGACCAACAUCUCCCAUCUCACUCCUGAGUUCAAAAAAUACUCCCUGGGCGUAGGACUGACCAAGGCUGACAUGGAAAACAUUGACUCCAACAGGAAUGGCACCUCUAAUGGAGUCGACAGCGACACUGAGAACAAGGAGAUAAAGGAAGAGGCGGUCAAAGAACAGGACGAAGAGGAAGCUAAAGAGACAGAAGCUCAACACCUGCUGACUCCCUUUGAGCUGGAGGGGCUGUGGAACCUCUUGGGGAAGCUGGAGGGGCUGCCGGAGCAGAAGAAGUGCGUCCCUGUGGGCAUCAUGAACCCCGACGCCCUGCUCGAUGACAUGAAGACUCUUCUAAAGGGGCAUGUCAAUGAUGACGCCAAACUGUCCUACACUGGAGAGCCCAUCGUCAAGUGGCCCAAAAGGCCUUCAUGGUACCAGCCCCCCACUCCCCCUCCCCCCGUCAUUUACCGUCCUCGCUUGGGCCCCAAGCCCCUGAGGUCCAUCAAGCGCUCCUCCAUCUCCGCCCUGCGGCGCAGGCGGGUCAGGUGUAAGCGCUGCGCCGCCUGCUGCAGGAAGGAGUGCGGCACCUGCCAGUUCUGCCACGACAUGAGGAAGUUUGGUGGUCCGGGGCGCAUGAAGAAGGGCUGCAUCAUGAGACGGUGUCUAGCGCCUGCCUUACCGAACACAGCGCGAUGUGCCAUAUGUGCAGAAGGGGAAUCUGACGAAUCAAAUCCCAGCACUCACUCCCUGAUGGAGUGCUCUGUGUGCUCGCAGAUAGUCCAUCGUCAAUGCAAUAAGGAGCCUGGUGAAGGGAAAAUCAAUAUCGAUCUGCCCAGCUGCUGGGAAUGUCCCAAAUGUUACCAUGGAAAAGACUCAGGCUCAGAGUCUACCAGCGAUGAGGAGAGUGGAGAGUCGGAGGGCUCAACCGCUCUGCCACCGAUCAAACGCGCCUUCCGGGAAGGCAUCGGCGUAGGGGCGAGACGAGGGACACGUAGCGGUUCCUCCUCCCGACCCACAGCUCUCCCACCGUCUCAGAAGCUGCUCCUGCAGCAUCAACAGAACCGGAAAAGAGCAAAUGCACUGGAGCUCAGACUGAAGAAGAGGAUAAAACUAGAGCGCAGCAAAAUCUUAACGAAGCAGUCGUCUCAGGAGCGUUCCCCCCGCUCGCUGUGCUCCAGGCUGCCGUCCAGGCUGCGCACCGCCACCAGCAGACUCUCUCAGGGCCGAGGCCGGGGCUCCACCUGGGCCGGAGCGCCUCCUCACCCCAGCUCUCCAGGGGGGACGGGGUCUUUCCAGCAGCAGCAGCAGCAGCAGCAGCAGCAGCAGCAGCAGCAGCAGCAGCAGCAGUCUUCCCUCGGUCUGGCACUUGAGCCCAAGGGAGAGGCUCGCCGAGGGAGGGGGAGAGGGGUGAGGCUGCGGGGGGGAGGAGCAGGGAGAGGCAUGAGAAGUGGUAGAAGCCAUGAAGAGUUGGAGGAGGAGACGGAGGACAGCAGCACCAGCAGCAGCACCAACAGCAGCAGCUCCAGCAGCGACGAGGAAGAGGGGCAGAACAGCGGGAGGGGGCUGGAUAAGGAGAACCAGCCACAGUCGAGGCGAGAGGCAGCCAAAGAGAGAGAGGAGGACCUGAGCGAGGCGGCCAACCAAAACGGAGCAGAAGAGGACGAGGAGGAGAGCGAGCAGGACGGUGAGAUCGGGAGAAAAGCUGGCUCAAAUCAUAAAGUUACACUCCAAAAGCCAACCAGAGCCCAGCGGGACCCGUCGGCCAUCGUCCCCAAAUUGGAAGCCAUCUCCCCUCAAACUCCCCCUUCCACAAUACACAACCAGAGCAGAGUCCUCGCCAGACCCCCCAUUAGGAACCGCGGUCCUGAUCCACACUCCAGUAAGCACGCACGCCCACACACACCGAGCGGACACACAGACACUCAAGAGAGGCUGGAGGACUCUCAGAAAACCAGGCCGGCUAAACUGAGCAACGGCGCCUCCUCUUCGUCGACCCCCGAUCUUCCACAUCUGCGCAUCCCUCUGUCCGCCCUGCAGGAGGGGGGGGGCGAGGCGGAGAGGGAGAACGGAGCCAGCGGGCCGGGCUGCGAGAGGGAGGUCUGGGUCUCUGUCUUCCGUUACUUGAGUCGAGCAGAUCUCUGCGUCUGCAUGGCCGUCUGCAAGAACUGGUACAAAUGGUGUUUAGACAAGCGGCUAUGGGCCCGGAUUGACCUGAGCAUCAAACGCACCGUGACUCCUCAGGCUCUGACGGGCAUCAUAAAGAGACAGCCAAUCACACUCGAUCUCUCUUGGACCAACAUCUCUAAAAAACAGCUCAACUGGCUCGUUGGCCGACUUCCUGGGCUGAAGGAUCUGAUGCUGGCCGGGUGUUCAUGGUUAUCUAUUUCCGCUCUCUGCUCCUCUGGGUGCCCUCUCCUCCGCUCUCUUGACCUGCGGUAUGCAGACGGAGUCAAAGACUCUCAGAUCAGGGAUCUAGUCACCCCUCCAGGUUGUGACAAUCGCAGUCAGUUGCGCAGCAUGCAGUGUCUGCGUCUAGCCGGCCUGGACAUCAGCGACUCCACCCUGCGCCUGGUGAUCCGCCACAUGCCACAUUUAACCAAACUGGACAUCUCCCACUGCAACAACCUCACGGACAACUCCAUCAACCUGCUGACUGCAGUGGGCUCCUCCACCCGGAACACCGUCACAGAACUCAACCUGGGAGGUUGCAGUAAACUGUCCGAUACGUGUCUAAAGUAUCUCCGCCGCCUCGCCUGCAUCUCGCUGCUCGACCUGCGAGGCUGUAACGGCGUCUCCCGAAAGGCCUGUGAGGCCUUCAUCGCCGAGCUGUCAGUCAACAUGCUCUACUGCCUAUCGGAUGAUAAACUGAUCCAGAGGAUAUCCUAGGCUCUGCGUCCUGUGACUGCAGAGGCAAUACGAGUUGCACAGGCAGCAGAUCCUGAUGUGAUUCUGUUUGACAGAAAGGACACAGACAUGCAGGGAAGUUACCAAGCACCUGUUUCACAUCAGAGGAGGGCUGGGGUCUAAAGUCACUAAACUGGUGUUGGUGAGAGGGUCGUCAAAGCUGAAACAAAGUUUCUUUAACUUUCUAUACAUUUGUUCCAUAUACCCUUAACAGUAAACUCAGCUUUUUUCAGUUAUUUUUGGAAAUAAUGUCGUGUUGGAAAAGUAAAAUGUCUAUUUUUGCCAGGAGUGGGAUGACAAUUAAUUUUCUGUAUUGAAUUGCUCAUAACCAAGAGUUUAACUCUUCUUUGGACAGAUGCCAUCUUGAUUCCUAUUUGGGAAAUACUUUUUUGUUUCACCUUUGGGGUAUAACCGCAUUGUUACGUUUGGAUGAUGCCCAUUAAGUCUUAUUUAUGAUGUCAUUUAUCAUUUUAACUCAUCAGCUGCAUCUGGGUGCUCUAAAUAGAUGGUUAUUUUUGUCAGAUUCAAAGAGAGCAAAUGUUUAGAAGUUGUAUGACGUCUGCUUCAUGCACAGCCACUAUGCGUUGAGAGUUUUUAUUUUCAAGACGACUUAAGGUGACAGGUCUUUGUGAUUUAUAAAGUGAGUGACUGCAAUGCCUUGUGUUUGUAUGUUCAGCUUAGAAAGGCAUUUGGGUGCAGCAGGAGUUCAGUGGUAUACAUGGUGAGUGUACAUGGACAUUGAGUGGAUGUGGUUGUGUAAAAAGGGUAAAAAGACUGUGAGAAGGCAAUCGACAUGGCAACAACACCUCCCCCCAGCAAAGGGCAGGUUGCAUUAAAUAGUGAGCCAAGGGUUAGGUGUCGGAUAAACGGUGCAUUUUCAAACAAACGUUAGACUUCAGGUGCUAUUAUUUCCAAACUUGCUUUGUUUUUGUACAGAGACAACCUUUACAGUAAAAUGUUAUUAUUCUAGAUAAAACUGCUCCCCAUCCCUCUUUGAUACAUUUAUUUUCUUUCAUUGAUGAAAAUGUGCAAGUAUCUACUUUUCUCUGAACUUCAUGACCUUGUCCAAUUCAGUGUAGGGAUGUACAAUUUAGUUUGGGGGCUUGGGUUGCUCAUUUUUUGGUUCCGUUAUAAAGUGUAGUGGUUCUGUAUCAAAAGGCCUCUUUCCAGACUGCUCUCCAGGCCAUAUCCCUUCAAAUGAAAAUAAGUAUAUCAAAAUAUACUUUUGUGUAAAUGUGUUUUCCUCUUUUCGAUUAUCAAAACGGGAUUCCUGUAGCAUUGUAAUUAUUUUCAGAAUACUUUUUUUCACUUUAUGUUAUGUGUUAUUUUUCAAUAAAAAAAAAAAAA